AUGAGCUUUUUAUUUUCUGGCGAGUUACGAAGUCCAAAAAAUGCCUCUACUGAGAGGUUUGUUUCGGUUAGAGGAUCUGAUGCGUACAAGGAAUUAUGUUCCCUGGGAAUGCUUCCAUCCUCGAAGGACCUUCGACAGGACUCCAUUUUCCGAGCAGUGGCCAACGAGGUCAAGCAGGUCAAGCAGGACGUGGUGGAGAUCAAUUCCAGAGUGGUUGCAGAGGUACAAGUGGAAAAAGAGCUGGCCGAACACCUGAACCAAAAAUUGAAGGCCUCGGAGUACAAGGUAGAUCAUUUGGCCAAAAAACUAGUCAGGCUGAGACAGAAGCAUAGCACCAACACCCAACGACAGGUUCGUAAAUUGGAUGAUUGCAUUGGAGACUUUGAGAGCAACAUCAGGGAGCUGCAUGGCACGGUUGCCGAGAUGGUGGACCGCCUAGGAAGUGUUGACAUGGGCUUGCCAGAAAAGGAAAGGCUAAUCGGUGACCACCAACUGAACGCAAGGCACUACCCGUUAUUGUAUGAGCUUUUCCGUGACAAGUUUCCGUCAAAAUUCGGCGCUCCACGAGGCCUCGGGAUUGCCUCUUCGCUGCCUGAAAGGGCCUUCCCGAAAGCGUUGGGUGAGUCGGACACAGGAGACCUGUCCCAUCACGAUGUGGCUACAAGGGAAGCACCGCCACUUGAAAUGGAUUCGGCAGAAGAGGGAUGUUUCUACCACCCACAAAAUCUGGCAGUAGAUCACAUCCGGAACCAUUUCAUGAAUAGCAGAUCGUCUGACAUCAACGAGCGCGAGCUGGAAAUAUCUGGAUCAGCACACGCCACCAAGGCCUCUUCCGCCAGGGAAAACAUUCCAGAGAGAAUCCUCAUGCCCCAGUUCCAAAAGGUUGCGUCCCCGCAGACCGCGCCCACGCUGGAGAACAUAGAAGUCACAGUGCCGUUCUCAUCCAAAUCUGCUGGCCACGAGAGGCACAGUGGGUAG